AGAAGAUGUGUAUCGGCUACAACUGCAUGAUUUUGGUUUUUAGUGAAGACCACAUAUCUUUCGUGAGUCCUACAUGAUCCGUGGGAGCAAUGUGUUGAAAGUUCACGACGUUUGACAGUUGAACAACAAAAACAAGAAAUAACAUUUGAAACGUACAAUGAAUGAUUACAAAAUUCCAAUAAUCGAGCCAACUAUCGAUUGCACAAAGGUUCCACCAAUUAAUCAGAAAAGAACAAUUUCUUUUAUUAAUCAUUUUAUUGUGCAUACUGUAACAUUUCUUAAUAAAUUUUCUUUGUCCUGCGAAGAAAGACUACUAGAAUUUGAAUACAAGUUACAAAGGAUAGAAGCUUCACUAGAAAUUUUAGAAUCUUGGUUAUCAUCUGUUCCUGGCUUAGAACAAGAUGAAGAUGCAAAAAGUACUAUAGAGAACACUGACUAUAACCAGGAAGAAAAAACUACAUCUGAAAUAGAUGAACAUGACAGUAUAAAGCAAAAUGAGCCUAAAGAUACACAGACUGAAAAACAAUCAGUGAACAAAGACCCACGUUAUGAAAAUUAUUUAAAAUUGAUGCAUGUUGGUGUACCAAAAGAAGCUGUCAAAUUAAAAAUGAGUCAAGAAGGAUUGGAUCCAUCUAUCUUGGAUGAUUCCCAACAAAUAAUUUCUAAGCUGAAAUCUACAGAUAAUGGUGAGAAUAAAGGAGAUUAA